AUCGAGAAUCUUGGACCGAAUGUCGAUAAAGUACGAUAUGAGCUAUGCGAAUCUACAGGCAUUUUUAUUAUAUCCAAUAUAUAUCGUGUACGUUUACAGUUUAAGAACAAGCUAAACGGACGAAACGAGGAAUUAUCUAUGAUACUGAAGAGACCCAUGCCGGGCUUUAAUCAGCUAGCUCGUAUCGAUCUUCAAUUUCACAACGAGAUCUUGUUCUAUCAGAUGUACACCCGACCGGACGAGAUCUACGCGAAAUGCUUCUACACCGAAAAACGUCCGCCCGUCGACUCUGUAAUCGCCUUAGAAAAUGUCAACGGGCGAGGAUAUUAUCCUUGUUAUUGCGUACAUA